AUACUUUCACACGUCUUGGCCAUCAACUCCUACCAAGGUCAAACACAACCACACACCCAGCAACAGCAUAUAACCCAUACCAAAUCUACCAUCUCGAGGAACCAUCACCAUACUCGGCACUACUUUCGCCACUACCACACAACCAUCAACAUGUCUUUCCUCCUCCGCACAUCUACCCUGGUUCGCCAGAGACUCUUCACCACCUCAACACGUGCCCGUGGUGCCAUCUCCAUGGAAGAUGCCGCAGCAGCACAGAUGACAUCCACCCCUGGUGCGAGUGUCGUCCCAAGGCUCGGAAGGGUUGCACGAUGGUAUCUCCCGACCAUGGCGGCGGUAGCCAUUGGUAUGAUCUACCUUCCCAAGGCCGCAUCAUCAUCACAGCCUCGCCGACCCCUUACGCUCGGUGAUGCUAAUGCCAACAUAGGCUUUGGCGUUACCAAUGCACUUAACGAGGCCAACCGCAAAGUACACUCUGCGCUUGAGCUCACCCAAGAACAAAAGAACCAGAUGCUCAUGGAUUCCUACGGCGAGCGCUCGAGCUUGGAGGACAUGGAGCGGGCGAUUGCUGGACUCGAGGCCAAGAUGACCACCCAGAAGGACAGGAACAGGAUCUUGGAAGAGGCUUAUGGCGAUAAGGCUAGCCUUGAGGACCUUCAGAGGGCCAUGGAACUGUACGAGGUGCAGUGAAUGGAGCAAGAGAGGGUGAAGAGCCCGAAGAGCAGAUCCCCAGCUUCGCGUCUUAGAGCGCACACGCACUACAAAGAAGAGAAGGAUGAAUCCGCGUGCUGAACGCCGCGAGAGCCACACCGCCAGGCCACGAGCAGACACCG